AUGGUUUUUUUUGAAAAAUUCGAUAGUUUUUCAGUUGUGGAUGGUCGAUCUCGCCGUAAACGUCGUCAAGUAUCAUCGCUCGGUAUAUUUGGCAACAGUGGAACGGGCACCUACGGUUCAGGCUACUCCUCCAGCCUUGGUACCUAUCCUUACAACACUUAUCUUGCUAGCGGUGCCUACGGUCAGCAGUAUGCACCGUAUAGGAAUCAGUACGGAUAUAAUUUGUACGGACAAAACUACGGCAGCUCUUAUGGAAAUUACAUUCCAUAUAACCCCGCCUAUGGCUCUAAUUACCCAUAUAACUCAGUUUAUGGCUAUGGUCAGUCUGGCUAUCCGAAUGUAGGCGGUACUGGAUAUUAUGGUUCGAAUAUCUAUGGUACAGGGUGGAACACUAAUCAAUAUCCGUACAAUUCAAAUUAUGGUACGUAUGGUUCAAGCGGCAGCAGCUUGUACAAUAGCGGCACUCCAUGGUAUUUAUCGCGUUUCGCAGCUUCACGAUCUCAAUACCCGACGGCGCGAAAAGGUGAUGCGACUGAGGCAGCUGCUGAAAUCGUUCCUGCAGCAAAAUCACAAGUUAACUAA